UUUUAGUUUUAUUUUCAGGAGAGUGGUGAAUGAAACACAGUUUUGUGUUUUGUAAAUAGAGGACUGAUGGCAAUCGAAAAGGGUAUGGUCCACACAACACAAAAGGAACUACAAACUCAAAACUAAAGUAUACUUGACAAUUCUUAAAGUUCAUUAAGUCCAUAAACAAAAUAGAGACAAAACAAAUAAAAAUAUGCUAGUGGCAUAAAAUAAUGACUACAUUCUUUACAUUCAGUUUUACAGCAUUAUCUGAGAGUCCUCCAUCUAUUAACUUUGAAUCCAUUAUUCAUUCUUUGUUUGAAUGAAACAGGGACUUUGCCCUUUCAGAUAAACCCAUGAAAAAUUGUCAUCUGCACAUUUAUUGCACUGUAUUUAGUCAUUUGUCUUAUCUACAUUUAUGCGACCUCACCCACGUCAACAUCAUUGUGUUAUUAUGAUUGAAAUCAAAUAGACGAAUAUGUAGACUUCACCCUGAAAACAAAUACUGGCCAAAAGUAGGUUGGGCAUAAUUAUACCUUGUGGUUAGUAAAGGCAUAAAUCAUUGUUUCAGUAAACGUAACAUUAAUAUGUUCAUGAAAUCUCAAAUUGAGAUUUACAGAAAAAUCUACAAAAGAAAAUAUGACAGCUAACUGUGUUUCAUUUCCAGUGACCGAUAUCCCUUCAGAUAAUGUGUAUUCUUAUGCAUUAUCAAAAACCCUCACAAAGGUCUCUUCUCCUGUGACGGUGGGUUUGUAUUCAGAAUGUCACAGCAGGAUCAACAUGGUCCUCAAGAACAUUGAAGUUUAUAUGAAUCAAGAGGCCAAACGAAGAGAAGAGAAGUACACUAAGGAACCAAAGCCACGCUCAACUACUCCCUCUAUUUCUGCCAUGCUUUCUCUGAUUUUGCGUCUCCUCUUUUACCGGCCUGUAUGGACAGAGCAGAACCGGAAUAUGAAGAACAUUCGUUUUAUGUUUGUGAGGUUCAGCGCAUGGCAUUUUGCAGGCAGUGACCUUCUCUGGGCGGGACUGGUAAUGCAGUUGACCAACGCUAUUCAGAACAGCUUUGGUAAACUCCAGCUGGGCCUCUUCCGAAUCGUCCAACAUGACAAAGAGAAAGAUGCAGGGAAGAAGAAGAUUGAGGAUAUUCCAAAGAACUGGAGGUCCAAAAAGUUGGCCUGCAUCCCAAUUUGGGCGCUAAUACUUUCAGGAUUCAUUGGUUCAAUCCUUAUUCUGGUUCCUCUCAUCAUGUUUGGAUUUCCUCAGCUGAAGGAACACUUAGAAGGAGAAAAGGUUGAGGAGUCCAGCAAUUAUGGUGCACUGGAAGGUUUCGCCAUUGCUGUACUUGGUGUUCCUGCGGUCGGAGCUCUAAGAUUCAUAUUAUUGUUGUUGAAGAACCUUAUCUUCAAGCAAGACCUCAAAAUUAGACAAGGGCUGGACAACAAGAAAGUAAGUCAGCAGCUGGGACUAAUGCAUGAAGUCCGGUUGGAGAUGAGACUGCUGUGCUGCUUCAUUCACUUCAUGGAGAUCUUUGAAAGGAGGAGGAUCAGGGUGGUGUUGGAGAUCACCAACUUGGAUCGUUGCACACCGAAGAAAAUCGUAGGUGUUUUGGAUGCUAUCAACAUUCUCCUAUCUGAUGAAGAGAGUCCGUUCAUUUCUGUUCUUGCUGUAGAUCCAGAAGUCCUGGUUAGACAGGUUCAACAGGCAGAAGACUGUCUAAGCAAAAGAGAUUCUGCGCAUGACUUUCUAGAUCGUAUAAUCACACUGCCCUUCACUGUGCCUCCCCUAUCUAAUGCAUCAAAGUCCAGUGUUUUUGAAAACAUUGUCCGUGGUCAGUCUGAGAUCUCUGAAAAUAUUCCUUUUGAAGAGGCAUCUGCUAUAGGAGAUCCCAGUACUUCAUUCUCUCUUGAAAAUGAGAAUUCUGUAAAGGGCAGUGGGGCUGAAGAAGAACAAGCCAUCCCUUUGAUUGCAAAAAAAGGAAAUGUUGAAACCUUUGCUGCAGCAGAACUUAAUCUUGAAGAAGUGGGUAAGUUGACUGAGUCUGCAUUUUCCUGCAUCACCUCAAGAGAUAAAAGCAAACUUCCAGCUUACAUAUCUGGAGACACCAUGUCAAUGAGACGAGUAAUUAACUCCAUUCGAGUAACUAUUAUGAUUAUGGAGACCCGAAAAUUGGAGCCUCCAUCUCCAGAGAAAAUUGCUGCUUGGGUGGUUUUGGUGGACCAAUGGCCUUGCAGAUUAAGUUGGAUUAUUCAAUGUGUUGAAGAUGACCAACAGAGUGAUGAAAUAGAUGGAUCAAUUUGUGCCGUUGAUCAUACCAGGAAAUUAUGGGAUGUGUUCAACUGUAACAGUCUGGAGCUCUACUUCACUGGAAAUGCAGUGAAGAACUUUCUGGACAGAGACGGGGACCCUGAGCUGUUUGAGAUUUUCCUAAAGAACCACUUCAAAUUCACUGUAGAGGAUUUGGAGAAGUUUAAGCUUUGCACAGUGAGCUUAAACUAUUCCAUCAAGAAUGAGCUGGCCAGGAUCCGUGGGAGCCGCAGCCUCAAGAGAGCAGGGAGAAAUGCCUUCCAAUCCCUCUCAUCACGAACUGUAAUGAACAUGAAAACAGAAGAUAUUUGUCAAGAGCUGUCAAACCUGAGAUUCCCAAAGAAAUAUCUUGAAACAGUAAAGGAAAAUUUCAUAGAUGGCAGAACGAUUCUCUUCAGCGACCAAAAAGACCUCAGAGAAGUCCUGCAAAUGACUCUGGGUGAAUGGACAUCUUUUAAAAUUCAUUUCCUUGGGGUCAUACCUUCUAGUCAGCCAGCUCAGGCAAAAACUCUUCCAAACACCACAAACCCUGGAGUGGUCACAUGCCUAUCUGGACCUUGAGGUUUGCAUCAGUGCCUUUUUUCUCAUUUGUAUGAUUUCAAUGGUCUAAGAAUGUUUCAGGAAACAAUAACUGCAUCCCUACAAAAUAGAAUUCCUUUACAGCAAGACUGUAAAUGAACACCAGCAAAUCAGAGUACUCAGAUGAUGAGCAUAAAGGGUAUUAGAAAAUGCACCUGGGUUCAAACAUACGUAAAUAAUAGCUUUCUUAAUCUUGAUUAAUGUAUUGAUUCCAUCUAUUGACUGAUACUACAAACCUUAGGACUGUGCAACCAAUCUUCUCUAAAAACAUAAAAAAAAAACUGUUCAGCUUGUCUACACUUAUUUCCCUCACAUUCACACUUAAGACACAGCAGGUCUAAUGAUAACAACAUUCAUAAGGUUAAUACUGUCAGGCCAUCGAUCCAAUCUGUGAAGGAAAAAUAAUCAUAAUCAUAUC